CCCAUCAUGCACUGAGCAUUAAUUUCAGAUGGUUCAUAUUUUCUCUGAUAUCUAAUAUCCAGAGAGACAUUUAGUGAUCGCUGAGUCAAAUUUGGGUAGAAAGACAAAUAGACUAACAGCCUCUGGGAUGGGAGGAGCCGAAAAUAGUUACAAUACUGGUUUUAAACUUAGACUAAAGCUAGUGGCGAGAGGGAAAUAUCAGGAAGCUUACAGCUCUUCCAAAGUCUGUGAGCGAGAUGCCUCUCUGCUGUAAGCCGAGCAGCGAGGACACUCUAGUUGACCGAGACAGGGACACAUGUCCUGAGGACUCUGAGCCCUGGAGUUUGACUUCACUGUCUCUCUGGAAAUGUAACGUUAAAGUUUUUGUCCGGAGAAAUGCUUUUCUCCUGCUCACUGUGGCUGCCAUUGUCCUGGGUCUCGGCCUGGGUUAUGCUCUACGCGUGGCUAACAUGACGGACCUGCAAAUCUACUACUUCCUGCUUCCUGGAGACCUGCUGCUGAGAAUGCUGCAGAUGAUAGUGCUUCCUCUCAUCAUCUCCAGUCUGAUCACAGCCAUGUCGUCAGUGGACAAGACGUCCUUGGGGAAAAUGGGGCUCUAUGCUUUUUGUUAUUACGCGACGACCACCUUCCUGGCUGUGUUCACUGGACUCGUCCUAGUGGUUCUAAUCCAGCCAGGGAAAUCCUCCACGCCCAUCUCAGUUCCCCCUGGUGGGACAUCGGGCACCAUGCAGACAUUGGAUGCCUUUCUGGAUCUGAUCAGAGAUGUGUUUCCUCCCAAUCUGGUGGAGGCUUGUUUCAGAAAGUAUAAAACAAUUUAUUCUGAAAAGGAAACUCUCGAUGUCAACAUGACUGUAAAAAAUAACCCAACACCGAUGCCAGGCACCAUCGACGGGUUCAACAUUCUUGGCUUAGGGUUUUUCUGCAUCGCCUUUGGCCUCGUCCUGGCCAAAAUGGAGGAUGAGGCGAAACCUCUGAAGGACUUCUUUGACUGUCUCAGUAAAGCCAUCAUGCAUCUGAUGGGUGUCUUAAUCUGGUAUUCCCCGGUAGGAAUCUUCUUCCUGGUUGCAGGACAGAUUUUGAAGAUGAAGGACGUCGGUGUUUUAGGACAACAGAUUGGAAUGUAUACUCUCACUGUGACCACUGGCCUGGUCAUCCACAGCUUUAUCACCCUGCCGCUCAUCUAUUUCAUUUUCACACGCAAAAAUCCCUUCACAUUCAUGGCCGGUCUCAUGGAGGCUCUCACCGCCGCCUUUGGGACUUCAUCCAGUUCUGUGACGCUACCCAUCAGCAUCAAGUGUCUGGAGAAUAAUCUGAGAUUGGACAAACGGGUGACGCGCUUCAUGGUGCCUAUAGGUGCCGUCUUGACCAUGGAUGGAACAGCCCUCUAUGAGGCCGUCGCUGUCAUAUUCAUAGCGCAGGUUUACAACGUGGAACUUAAUCUGGGUCAAAUCGUCAUUGUCAGUAUCACUGCGACAGUAGCAGCCAUCGGUGGCUCAGGAAUCCCCCAGGGUGGCAUGGUAACCAUGUCUAUGGUGCUGUCAUCAACUGGCCUGCCCCUUGAAGGCAUCUCCUAUAUCAUCACAGUCGACUGGAUGCUGGAUCGUUUGAGGACGACCACCAACGUGCUGGGCGACUGUUUCGGUGUGGGAGUCGUGCAACACCUCUCCAGACAUGAGCUGCAGGCUCCUGCAGAGGAGUGCUUGGCAGAGGCAGAGGCAGAGAAACCCUUUGACUGACCACAAUUAAACUCGCUUAAUGUUCUCCCUGCUACAAAUAUACGUUUUUUGAUUUAGGCACAAAUAAUGCUCACUGAUGGAACACACACAUAUCAGUUUAUCCCCUUCAAGACGUUAUGAUCCUUUUGAUUUUUAAAUGAUUCUAUUUGAAAUGGAAGUUUUUUUGUGAUCAAAUACGUGUUUAAAACUCGGUUUAACUAUUUUUGUUGAUCAUACAAACUGCACAGAGUGGACCAUGGUGUUCACGAUAUAAUGGUGUCGCUUGUUAUGUUUUUCAACUGUACGAUUUCAAGAUGAAUAAAUACACAUCGUAUUCUU